CCAGCAGCCUGUGCAAAUCAAACACACGAAUUCCUUCAUGUGACCGCUUCGCCAAACCUUGAAGGUGAUCUGCGCAUCCAGGAUCCGACGUUGCGUCGCGUGAGGCGGGCAUCGUACAUCGCGCCAAGACCAGAAGCUUAGCUCCGAGCAGCUCGGUGAAUUCGACCACACCCAUCACACCCGCGUCCACACGCAACAAUGCUCGCAAGAAGCGCCCUCUGCCCCGCGCGGGCCUUCGCCAACCGGCACCCGCCCGCGAUCCUCGCGCCGUGCUCGACGUCCGCGCCCUUCUCCACAUGCACACGGCCCAGCAAGCCGCAAUCGCAAACACCCUUCUUCACACAACGCGCCCUCGCCCGGCCCGCCGUCCGCAAUGCCUCGACCUCGCCCGCCGCCCCCAGCGCCUCGUCGGCCCCCGCCUCGGCCGCGCUCACAUGGAACGACUUCUUCGCGCUGCGCCGCACGCGCCGGCGCAUCGGCCAGGCGUGCUCGGGCGCCAGCGCCAUCGGCGUGACGUACUACGGGCUCACGUUCAUGAUCAACAACGGCUACGACGCCGUGCUGUCGGAGCAGCUGGGCGGCUUCGACCCGAUGAUGCUGAUGGGCCUGAGCACGCUGGGCAUGCUGGCCGCGGGCUGGCUGAUUGGGCCGAUUCCGGGCAACCAGGUGUUCAACCUGGCGUACCGGGGCGUGCUGACCGAGUUCACGAGGAAAGACUCCGCCUUCUUCAACCGCAUCAAGCGCCACCGCGUCGACCCGUCCGUGUCCUCCCUCGCCAACCCGCCGCCCGACUACUACGGCGAGAAGAUCGGCAGCGUGGCCGGCUACCGCCGCUGGUUGAAGGACCAGCGCGCGUUCAACCUGAAGACGGGGCGCCACCAGCGCGGCCAGAUCUAGACAUGCUUGUGUCGAGUCUGCGCGUACAGUUGGCCAGCACGUACAUCUAGCUGCCGUUGCAGCUCCCGCACGCAGACAUCCAGUCUUCCCGCACCCACCCUGCGGCCCGCGGCGUGCAGCCGUCUUUUCUGGUGUAAAAUCGUAGCGUUCGAGUGCCGGGUUUGGGCGUUGUAUUAGUACUUGUAACACGCAAGCGAUCCUCUUCCCUCACGGGGCGCAAUUCUGUUCUCUGUUUGUGCGUGCCGUGAGACCGACGAGAGUGUUGUAUACUGUAGCGAUGUUACUAGGAGGAAUGUGGAGAGACGAAGAAACUGGCAGUAGACUGGUGAGGUUGAUCUGAGCGUCACGAUUGAAUGCAGAGUGUCCCGAAUCGAAGGCUAUGUAUAUACACCAACUCGAGCCUGUUCCCGUG